GUGAUAGCCGUUGGACCCGGUCCUCUCGACGCGGAAGGAAACAGGAAAUCACUUACAGUAUCCCCUGGAAAUGAAGUUUUGUAUUCCAAAUAUGCUGGCAAUGACUUCAAAGGAGCUGAUGGCUCUGAUUACAUUACUCUAAAGGCACCUGAUGUAAUUGCUAUUCUACCAUAGAUAGUAUGUUAAUGUAAACUAUUUCAUUUUCAUAUUAGUAUUUGAAUUUUGAAAUGUAGACUAGAAAUGAGAAAAGAAUGUUGCAUCACUUUGGAAUAAAACCUUUUUGCAGAUUAAUAAUUA